AUGAAGGAAGAGUUGAUAGAUCCUCAUGUUCAGUUCCCUGGCCUGCAAAUUUUUUCAUCCUGGAAAAACAGCUCCAAGAAUGUUCGUAACCUUCAAAAUACUUCGAAAAGACCAGCCUUUAAUCAACACUACCUUCCAUCAGAAGAGACCUUGGUUUUGGCAGUACACAAUGAUCCGAAUCAAUUUGGCUCAUGGGUAAAAUUUCCUGAGAGAAGAAGUACCGAUUUGCAUGACUAUUCACCUACGGUGGUCGGUUCAGAUUGCUUUGAGAAGUAUGAGAUUCCACAGAAACCAGAAACCGCGAAAUUUUGGAGCAAAAUAAUCAGCGAAAUCUUCAGAGAGCUGCCCGACGAUUCAAAUGAUCAAUUUAUUGAAGAGUUUCAAUACACAGUUAUCUCUUCGGAUUCCCUAAACGAUCCGAAUGGUUUUAGGUUCUCGUUCUCAGCUAAGAAAUCAAUCAUGGAUUUUCAUAAAAGUUCCUCAUCACUUCAGCGGCACGACUUGGCCACACUCCCCACAAAAUAUGGACGCUUGAGAAUAUUCUCGCCUAGUCGAUUCACACUAAUCCGAACUUUAGAUAUCCUGUCAACGGUGUUGUGUGCCUGGAAAUUACUCAGGUGUUUAGGGAAGCCCCGGAUAAAUACUAUGCGUUGCAGAAGAAUUCUAGCUGCCGUUCUCAUAGCACUGUAUCUAGCAACGCAGCAGGAGUAUUUCCAUUCCCAGUACGCAAGAUACAAGGCGUUGGUCACUUUGAAAAAGAUGUUAACGUCUUUGCAGAAGCUAAGCACGUUAAUACACAAUUAUGGAAUUAAGCUGAAGGAGCUCAGCAUUUACAAGCCGCUCUCGACAUCUAAGCCUGGCACUAGUCCUGAUCCCACUAUAGCAAAGAUCAAAGAUCUUCUCUCUUCAUGUCUGGAUUUGCUAUACUACAAAUUGAAGUCAACGACUGAGAAUUUGAUCCCGCUGUGUAGCACCGCUUCACUCACAAAAUACUGUGCGAUGUACAAUUUGGAAAUGUCAGAUCUGUUCCAUUAUCUAAACGAGGCAGCACCGGAGCUCGAGGACAAAUCUGAAAGAAUGUCUAUCAUGAGAAAAUUCACACUCUGCACGCUUUUAUCCCUGUCCUGUUACAACUCCUCAAGCGAUGAGACCAUGAUGAGUUUUCUCUCGAGGCUGUUCCCAGAUAGCAUCCUUGAAAUGCACGAAACAUCUCCUGCCAAAGACGCCGAUAGAUACAGAGCAGUGAGCGAGAAUUUACAACAAUUCGAUGAUUUCGCCAUUCAGCUCACGUCAUCUUUAGUUAACCACAAGCACAUUUUGCGUUCGUAUGGCGAUCUUAGUGAGAUAACUGACGAUAAUGCCACAGCCCGUUGUAGAGCGGAACUACCUAAGACAAAUCAACAGCUUAACGAAACCUUACAGUCUCUAAAGAGAUUAGAGAGCUUUUUGGUUGCUUGUCAGGAGGAAGAGAUAUCGAAAGAGACGAGGGAUGUUGUAACAUACAGUUUGCAAGAGAUCACAUCAGCGUGGCGAAAUUACGAUACUCCUAACAAUCAAUGUGAUCGACCGUUCCUAACAUCGCCAAAAACAGGAUUCUCCCUUAAAGUUUUGAAGAAGCCGUCAUGGCAGUCACUGAAGUCGAUUCCAAAGAAUGGCAAUAUGCGGUUAAAGGAUGAAAUUGCAUUUGAACAGGUUGAUGACAUGCAAUCAGAUAUGGAGUUCGAUUCGGACUUGGAGCGUCAUAAUAGCUACGAGAAGUUAUGCUACGAAAGUGCUCGCUCUGAAUCGGACAACCUUAUUGAGCCAAAAGCUAAAUCAGAUGGGCGCCAAGAUCUGCGCGAAUUGACGGACGACGAACUUCGACAUAAGCUGAAUGAGGGCAUUUCCAGAUUGGCUGUCGAGAACAGGCAGGGUAGGGAUAGAAUCAGGACACAGAAGUCAUUUGAACUUCUACGACAGAAAGAUAUAACGAAGAGAGUCCACAGACAUGCAUCGAUUAUGAGUAAAGAUAGCAUGACAAUCGUUCAGAGCAGGCCUCCUAACGAGUCAAAUUUCUCUUCUGAGGAUUCAAUUCCAGUUCUCUACGAACUCAAAGAACUUUUAGAGAAACAGCAGUAA